UACGAUUAUAACUAAAUGCUCAUUGAUGAAGUGAUACACGACUAAUUUGGUGUUGUAUUUAUUUUAUGGCAGUUUAUUAGUUGGCUAAACAUUGUUUAAAAAGUUCAAGGCUAAGGGGAAAUAGAUUAAUUGCAGAUAGCAUUCCUAACCAUGCAUUUUUUUUUUUUUGCAUUCUAUCUUCAAACUGGACUUGACAUAAUAACAGUUUUUGACCAAAAAAAAACAACAACCCGAUAGGCCUAUGUUACUACUUAGCACAAGAAAACAGCAAAACAUUUCAGCAUGUGAAUAAUAAUUGAGUCACGUGAUUGUAUUUUAGUCAUGGCAGACGAUUGCAGACGACAGGGUUUCGAGCUGGAGAGAAGGAUAUUUGAGUUGGACAAUAAAUGCGCCAGCCUCAGAACUGAAAAACAAGAUGAUGACUAUUUACAGAAUGCGUCUGCGAUAUUAGACAAGUUGAAAAGCUUUUACAGACAAGGGGGGGAGAGUAGCAGUCUCCCCAAACUGCUUCAGGAUUACACACAGGUGAUCUUGGACAUCACAUUCUAUGAGGAAAAUAAACUGGUGGAUCAGGAGUUUCCUGAGGACUGUUCACCAUUUAAGAUCCAGCUGCUGCUGCAGGACCUCACAGAGCCAGAGGUACUGGCAGGAAGGCUGGCACCAGCCCAAGAGGUGCAGUCUGUGCUGGGUCUGGAGCUGUUAGAGUGCCUGUACUGGAGACGUGGAGCACUGCUUUACAUGUACUGCCACACCCUUCACCAACGCAAACAGUGGAUCAAGAAGAACAAAGGCACUUUCCUUAAGUGUCUUCAGGAGGGGGUACGCUACCUGAUGAGGAUGCUCCAGGUGAGGAACUCUGUAAAACUGAAUGACGGCGUGGUGUUCCAUGACUCUGCCACAGCCAAUUUCCUGGCCGAAGGUAUCUUCUCUGACACCCACCUGCUGACUAUGAUGUACAUUGGAGAGAUGUGCUUCUGGGCAGUCAAGUAUGAGGACUGCAGUGUGGAAACCACCGAUCGCAAAGAGGACCGCCUCCAGUUCAGGGACAUUGGAACGCAGAUCCUUCACAAAUACGUUCUGGCCUGCGAGGGCCCUCUUCAGGGUCAGGGCUGGAACACGGAGAAUGCCAAGGAGAUCCUUAGUAUCCUACAGUAGAGCUGACGGCUCUAGUUCUAAGUUGCCCGCAGGCACAGGUCUAAGACCAGCUUAACUCAUGCCCGAAUCCAAACCCUUAACCAUUAGGCUAGGGGCCGUAAAACUGAUUUAAACCAGUGUCUGUGGGCAACCUCCGCUUAUGCUCAACAGCAUGGAGGGUGCUGAAGGAGGGUCUGAUGGUGGGGAAGGAGAGUGAGUUCUGAGGUGUAUUAGGCAGGGGUGUGUGGAAUCUUGAUGAAACGUUAUUGUCCCUGCCCCCCUGAAAAAGCACUUAUCUUCCAGAUUCCAGACUGUUGGUUGGGCAUGUGUUUUGCUCCUAAGAAUGUGGUAGAAUAACAUAACUAAUAUUGAUUUAAAAAAGGAAAUUAUUUAAAAAAUUGUUGAAAAUAAAAUACAUAAGGAAGAGAUUGUUAAAAGAUUAAUGAGAAUCCUGCUGCAAAGGAGACAUCGCACAGCAAUUGUUUUUAUUUAUUAUUUUUUUUGUUUUUUGUUUUUUUAUUAAUGGCAUAUAUUAGAAAAAGAAAUGCAGAGUAUUGUUGAAGAUUGAAGUGUUCAUUAACAUUUUCAAGUAUGUACAGUUUUGUUCAAAAUAUCAGCUUUGUAAUAUUCCACCUCUUUUUUUCCCACUUGGUCAGAUUUUCUGCCACAGAUGACAAGAGGUAAAGGCACAGAGAUGGAAACUUUAAUAUUUUAAUAGUAUGUAUUGAAAUGGAUAAGCUCUGUGUUUGUGAUCUUUUUGGAAGACAAAAAAAGGUAUUGAUUUGUUUUUUUAUGUCCUCAUUGAAAAUAAAUAUAUGUUGGUUUAAAAAGUU